AUGUCCCCCGUCCACCAUAAUCACAUGCUCUACAAUCACUACCUCCAGGGAUUCCAACUUCCGGCGUUUCAGAACGGCUCCUGGGCGGUUCCUUCGGCGGUUCCGUCAGCGCUUCCUGCGCUGUCGCCCCUGCCGCUGCGCCAAGAGGGCGCCGACUCAGCUGCAGCCGACGCGAAGGCGGAAAUGCAACGUGUCGAUUCGUCGACGCACAUUAACAGCCUUGUAGCGCAGUACUCGUUCGCGCAAGCUGGUGCAGCCGCCGCCGCCGCCGCCGCCGCCGCCGCUUGCGCUGGUAGCCCGGUUUCCCCCUCCCAGCUCGUCUCACCGCGUACGGGCUGGCCGCACUUUGCGGCGUGCCCCCCGUUCAUGGGGCCCAUGGGACCGGUUUCAUACGCGCCUGGUUUCGGCACAAUUCGAUCCCCAAAGCCGGCUGAAGGAAGCGCCUCGGCCGGCGGUUCGUCGUCGAGUCACCUGCCGUCGUUGCUCGAGUCGCCUUUGCAGAGCGAGGUUCUGCCUGCUGAAUCCGACGGCGAGAGCUGCUGCAAAAUCGAGUUGCCGACGGAGCAGAUGGACGGAGAGGGAGAGACUGAAGCUGACGAAUCCCGAAGGCUUCUUUUCCCCUCAGAGCAACCAGCAACGGACGGUGGGGCGGAAGGGGCGGAGAAGGCGGAGCAGGAUUUGCGCGUAACUAAGGGGACUCGCGCCAUGCAGCUGUUGCUGGAGGGCGGGGCAGAGGGGGACGUGCAAGGCAUGGGCCCGUUUGAUUGGCUGGAUGAGCCCUCAGGCGCGGAGGAGGCAACGGGGCUUCCGCACUGGGUGCUGGCGGAGCUGGGGGAAGGGGGCGCGGGGAAGAAAUCGGGGGAGGCGGUGGAGGAGGAGGUUUACCGUGUGCUGUUCCGUGCUGACUCUAUGGAGAGUGCCACAAGCGAGCAGCAUGUUACGACUCCUCUGCAUGAGACCCCUUUACAAGCACACGAGGCCAAGGAUGAGCAGUAUGAGGAUGAAUCUACCCCCACGGGUACCAACAAGGCUGUAACUGGAACACCUGCAGGAGAGGAGCAGGGAUUAAAUACUGUCUCCAACGCAGGCAGUGCAGAUUUCGGGACUACGAGCAUUGGAGAUUUGGUGUUGGGAGGGCUUGUUGACAAGCCAAGUGCGCAGGUUCUAGAGGACAGCAGCACUGAGGACAUCUGGCACGAUGUGCUGAGGCAGGAGCACGUGGAGUACGUGGUGGCACCCUACGAAGCCGAUGCACAGAUGGCGUAUCUCUGCACCAGCGGCCUCGUGCACGCAGUAAUUACAGAGGACUCCGAUCUCAUCGCCUACUCCUGCCCGCGGGUCCUCUUCAAAAUGGACCACAUGGGGCACGGCGACGAGAUCGUAUACGCCAACAUAGGCCAAUCACAGGAGCUCGCUCUGGCAGAUUUCACCCCGCAGAUGGUCCUCGAGAUGUGCAUCCUCAGCGGCUGCGACUACCUCGACAGCCUUCCCAAAGUUGGCCUCAAAACAGCCCACGACUGGAUCCGAAGGCACAGGAACUAUCAGUCAGCGCUGGCUGUAGCGAAGCUGAAUGGGCGGGUGGUGCCAGAGGAGUAUGAGGGCGCGUUUGAGCAGGCGCUGCUGACGUUCCUGCACCACCGCGUGUACCAUCUGGCGGAUGAGCUCAUGACUCAUGUCAACCCGCUGCCUCCCACGCUUGGACCGGACACGGAUCUGUCCCGGUUCUAUGCACAAUACGCUGUCCCCUUUCCUCUCCAUCCACAUCUCAACAAUCCUUCUUCCCCAGUCCCUGUGGAUCCUGCUGCCAAGACGCAGUACCAACCACCACGAGGCUCGCGUGUAACGUCCUCUUUUGAGCCGCCUGAAGAAUACAUCCCCACGGCUCCGGCUGCCAAGAAACAGUUCCAACCACCGCGAAGGUCGCCCGUAACGCCCCCGGUCCAGUCAGCCUUCGAGCCGUCUCGUCCUGAAGCUGCUGCCGAGCCUGGCCCCUCUGGCUCGGCAAAUCAGCCAGGUGGAAACAGCAGCGGAAGGGGUGGGCGGUCUGUGAGGAGGUCAGCUGCAGGGCAGGGGUCUGCAGGGUCCACAGCAGGUGAAGGCUUGAUGGGAGCGGAAGAGGGCAGUGGUGAGCCGAUGGUGGGGGAAGACUUGGUGCAGUUUAUGGCAGGGACGGUACUGGAGGAGGAGAGGCAGCAGCAGCCACAGCAGGAGCAGCAGCCGGUUGCAGCUGGGCCAAGAGCAGCUGUUGCCCGUGUGUUCCAACGGUUCACUCCACCCCGCUCCAUUGCCGAAGCUGGGACCACUCCUGAGCCACCAUCGCAGCAACGGCAACCGUACAGGCGAGCAGCACCACCACGUGUCUCUGGAGAUAGGCAGGAGGGUACGCCAACUGAGUGGGACCAGUUUGUGUUGCGGGGUAGUGAAGGAGCCCGAGGAGAGGAAGAGAGAGCAGAGGACGGAAGUGAGCGAUCGGAGGGUGUGUUGAGAAGGGGCCGAGAUUUGGAUGAAGAGUGGGGCGUAAACGCAGACCUGGAUGCAGAUUUAGAUGAGCUGCUGCUGCCUCCUGCCUUUGACCUCGUGAAUGACGUGCCAGGCAGUCACGAGAUAAGGCAAGUAGGACGGAGGCCAGGAGGGUGGAGGGCAGGCGGAUGGAUGGGCAUGCGAGGGGCAGCAGGCGCAGCAGGAGGAGGAAGAGCGCGGGGAAGAGGAGGAGGGGUGGGAUUCGGAGGAGGACGGGUGGUAGGGCUGGGGGUGGGUGAGGCCGGCAGCAGCAGGCAGCAGGCAGAGGCGGUGUUUGACUCGCCGAAGCGGAUGCUGGGGAGCGGGCGAGGGGUGCAAGGGCGGGGAGUUCGAGGGAGAAUGGGGGCGGCGCACGUGGUGGUGCAACAGGAGAUGUCCUGCUCCACAUGUGUGGUGAGUCCCUCCUUCCUAUCUUUCCCUCCUGUUUCUCCUGCCGUUUUCUUGACGAUUAGUCACCCAUCAUCGCCCCCUGGUCACCUGUGUAGUAGCUCGUGUCGUUAG